CUCGCUAGCUUGCUGCCGCUGGUGUCGAGCCUUGCUAGGGGAGAGAAACCGUGGGAGAAGGCAGAAUACGGAGGAUUAAAACAAGUUUAAGCUCGAUAAACAUCUGGCAACGUGGAAGAAAGAAAGCGAACAGGUAUCACCAGCAACUUGACAACAUCUCUUCUCUCCCCUGGCUCUCAGUGUGUAAGGACACCACCCAGUACAUCAUAUCUUAAAGUGCCUCUCUGCCUGAUAGGUCAUAACUUCCCCUACAUCUCCUUCAUCAGUGCAAAAAAACAAAAAAACCUAUUUGUACACCAGCAACAAGCAAAGUCAGACACACCACAGCUACCAAAGUUCACUGUCAGUGCUUCAUUCAGUUUGGUGCCCCAACAUAAACCCUCACCCAAGUGAACCUCCUCGUCAUUCAUCAGCGUCGUCCCAUCAACUCAGCCCAUCUCUCUCUGAAGCAGUAUUUAGCACCGUUAUGGCCUCCAUCACCCAGUCAUCCGAGCCCGAGAUCCCGGACAACCACAAAGAGAGCUGGCUGGCGCUGCUUUCCGCCGCCGAGGUGUAUUGCCAAAAGUCUGGCUGCGACCUGGCCAUACUCACAGCCUGCAAGAAGUUCAGGUCGUCGAGCGGAGAAGGAGAAGGGCUGAGGAAGCGGGAGAGUGGCAGUGCCUUUCCGAGGGAGUGCGACUUCUCCUACAGUGUAUGGGGUCAGGGAUUCCUGGCCGAGUCGGCGCGCCGCUACAUGGAUGACAUUGGUGUGCUGCACUCCACGACCAUGCUAACAGCCCAAAAGCAGUCACGCCAGGCCGGGACAGAGGGGGGAACCAAGCUGGUGGUGGACUUGACCUCUGACCCCGGACACAGGGGGAACUUUACAGGAGACGGUGGGGUGGGUGGAGUCAGUCCCAACAGCAGACUGUACUCCCAAAGCUACCCGUCCAUCUACAGCUCAGGAGGAGGGAACGGCCAGGGCGGCGGGCAGAACGGUACCGGAGACAGGGAACGGGAGAAGAGCGCGCUGGAGGCCGAGCGGGGGAGGCAGAGGUCUGGGAUCGUGGAUUUGGAAGAAGAGUGUGAGGAUGAGGAAGAGGAGGACGACAUGGACGAGAGGAGACCCUACGGGAAUGAAAGUGCUGGUGUUUUCUCUAUGGACGAGGACUCGCUUUCUCGGGACUGCGAGCCGUUCUUUGAGUCGGACGGAGAGGAGGAGAGCACCGACGGCUCGUUGAGCGAGGACGCCCCUCCGCCAUCGCGUGGCAUGGCGAUGGGUCAGGCUGCCUACUCGUCCCGUCACGCCCACCCCAUGGCUCUGGCUCGCUCCCUGCCUGUAUCUGUGCCUGUGUGGGGCUGCAGAGGAAACAGAGCUGCUCCUGGAGACAGCAACAGCGGAGAAAGGGUGGGCUGUGCUGACCUGGACCACAUCGCUGCCAGUAUGAAGGCCCUGCUUGCCCCCGGAGCCACUGACGGGACGGAAAUGUUCGGAGCCCUGCCUCGACCUCGUCUCAACACAGGAGACUUCUCCCUCAAACACUGAGAGAGAGAGGCAGAGAGAGGGAGGCAAGUAGAGAGAAACAGAAAGGGGUAGAGAAUCAGAGAGGAAAAGGAAAUGUGGAGAGAGGUGACGGGAGGAACCCUGGAUUGGCUGGCAAAUGUGACAGUAUAGUAUGUGAAACAGUGUAAAAGCUAGUACCUCCAUUUAUUUCUUACUAACCAAAAUUAACGGCACAUGCUUUGAGGAGUCAUGUUGUUAUGAACACUAAUAACAUUCUCAACACUACACCCAACACCCGCCCACACUUUGUCACGGAGCAUUUCACAACACUAGCUACUACACAUGCCACAGCACUACAUUAGGAUCGGACCUCCAGAUGAGUGUGCAGUGACCCACUGCACUGAACAACCAGGACACUAAAGCAGCAUAGUGGAGCUGACAGUUUGGGAUGUUUUGCCUUUUGGUCAGAUUACCUGUGAAGUGAUGAGAUCUCAGGAAACAACCAAUCAGUACCUGGUUCAUCGUCGGCUCCGGUGCUCGAUCAGACGCUGCUUUCAGUGAUAUUAGCUUUACUGUAAUAUGUGGCUCUAAAGCUAAAGAUGCUGUUGAACAUAUUUUUGGGGGCUUUCUCUCUGAGAGUUGGAUGAAAAGAUGGAUACCACUCUUAUGUCUGUUUAAUGUAAAGCUAGAAUCAGGGACACUUAACUAGUACUAUACUUUCUGCGCAAGUACAAGAUUGUACAUGUGGCUUGAAUUUCACCAUCUACUUAAGUCUGCGAUCCCCAUUUUGCAGCCUAAAAUUUGUCUUCAGCUACACUACAAGGUCAGAAGCUGUUUAAGUGCGCAUUUAUGGGACCUUCGAGCUGACUCCAACCAGACUGGAAAGUGUUAUGAAUCUGGGCAGAGCACCUCCUGAGCUCAUGGGGAAACUGAUGUAAACAAAAUGGAGACUUUGGAGCAACGACCUGCUACUGUGCAGUGAGAAGAAAACAGAAGCAGUAACCUAAACAAGUCUGGAUGUUCUUCAAUGAGAACUGGAGUUGAGAUUGAACCAUCAGUUUAAAUAUCUGUUGCCAACAUUAGCCUGAAGGGCUAGAAUGUUUGGCAUUGCUGGGCCAUCGUGUCCGCUGCUCCGGGUGGUGGCGUGAUACUUGUAGAAAACUAGACUUUAACUCAAAACAUGUGAUAUUUACCUUGGCAACCCUAAUGUCAUUGCUACAGUCAAGGAAGCUUCAUACUAGAUCUAUAAAUCCCCCAUGUUACCAAAUAAUAAGGACCCAACAUCAGUUCAGACCAAGAUCUUAGAUAUCUUCUCUGCAGCCUGAGCCUAAACGCAUAGCAGAUCGGUUGCUACGCUCUUGUAGCAUAGUUGCCUCACCUACACAAAUUUUGUGCUGAUGUCCAUGGAGAGGUCUCUGUACACUCUCACCUACUUUGCUGAAGAUGAAAUUUAGUUCACAUGAACUCUUGCAUACUUGCAGACACUGACUUUAUAACAACAACUGUGCUGUCUGUGCACAUCCUCAAGGGAGUAUGAGGCAUCUGUGAGUAUGCAAGGAUCCACUUGGUCUACAUUUCAUCAUCAGCCCAAGUCUGUGGACAUCCGUGUGCAUCCAAGAAUUUGUGGCAAACACUCCACAAGGGCGGUUGGGUUUUUCAGAACGAGCGUUUGGAGGGUGACUGCACAUAACAGAAGAUCUGUCCAUGUAAAGUAAAGGCAACGAGUCUGUGUGACCUGAACAAAAAAUGUAUUUUAUGCUUGACCAAAUGAAACCCCAAGUACAAAAACUAAUUGAUAAACAUAUUUGCUACUCUUCUCUCAGUCUUGAUGAUUUUGGAACUGGUGUGUGCUGGAUAAAACUUCUGUCUGGGGCACCAACAAUUCCUCUAUGCAUAAAAAAAAAAACAAGACAUAAGAGUUGUAUCCAUCUUUUCACAAAUCUCUCAGAAAGAGAAAGAUAUUUCCAAAAUGAUCCAUAAAGGUUUAAAAAUGAGCAGGAAGAGUCCAGACGUUAGUAGCAGUGUACUUUGUUCCAUUGUUAUACAAUUGUCCACAUGAGCUGGGAGGGAAUAUUUGCAUAAAUUACAAAAAUGUUUGCAUCUGUAGGUCAUUAACUCGUCUUAUCAUGAAGACGGCAGUUUCUACUGUAGGGCCUCUUCGUCAUUUAGCACAACAUGCUAAAGCGUUAGCAUCACCACAUGGAUGUUUUCUCUGUCCGCUCCCAUCAUUUACUGGGUAAAAUGACCAACAGGCCUGCCGCGGCCCCCCUAAGAAACCACUCUAUUCCUUUUGAGGGAUAGAAACCAGAGAAAUGGUUGACUUAACAUGAAGCUUGUGGCUUUACAAAAUGUGAGCAGAGGACACCAGCACCUCCUCAUAACAUGCCUAUUUCUACUUUUACUUUUGCCAAUGAAUGACUGACUGAUAGAAUGAUUGUAAACCAAUACUGAGUUCUAGGGGAUGUUGUGUUUUUUUGUUUUUUUUUCGCUCCAGGUAUCUUGUUGAAACGACUGAAUGAAUGAGAAAGUGACUGUGUGAGAGAGAGAAAGAUAGAGCGAGAGAAAGAUAAAGUCGAUUUUUGAAAGGAAAAAUGUCCAUCUCUGACAUUUUAAAAAAACAGGUAAAUGUUCCGUUAAGUACUUUUAUGUUUCAAAUAAAGGAGCAACACCAAGAGAAAA